CUCUAUCAAGGGAUCUUAAAGUACUGGCAGCAGCAGCCAGUUUAGCCAACUGAGAAAGGAUAUAAAAGAAAACUUAACUGGGGAGCCGAUGGGGAGGGAGAACAACACCUCAGUGACCGAAUUCAUCCUCCUCGGUUUCUCCAGCAACCCAGCGGAGGAGCUCGUCCUCUUUGGGGUCUUCACAGCCAUCUACCUGGUGGCCCUGCUGGGCAAUGUGCUCAUCUUACUGCUGGUCAGCCUGGACUCCCGGCUCCACACGCCCAUGUACUUCUUCCUGGGAAACCUCUCCGUGGUGGACAUCGGCUACACCAGCUCCACUGUGCCCAAGAUGCUGGCCAAUUACCUGUCGCGGGACAAGUCCAUCUCAUGGGCCGGUUGCCUCUCCCAGAUGUUCUUCUUCAUCUCCUUUGGGGGGAUCGAAUGCCUGAUACUGGGGGUCAUGGCCUAUGACCGCUACGUGGCCAUCUGUCACCCGCUACACUACGGCAUGUUCAUGAGCCGGCGGGUGUGUGCCCUGCUGGCUGCAGCCGCCUGGGCCAUGGGCUUGACCAACUCGUCUGUGCACUCAUCCCUGAUGUCCAUCCUGUCCUUCUGCCGGGGCAACAUCCUCCGCCACUUCUUCUGCGACAUCCCCCCGCUCUUCCAGCUCUCCUGUUCUGACACCCGGACCAACCAGGCUGUCACCAUUGUUGUGGGAGGUGCUAUCGUCUUCAGCUCCUUGCUGGGGACCCUGGUGUCCUAUGUGUACAUCGCACUGGCCGUCCUCAGGAUCCGCACGAGGGAAGGGCGCCUCAAGGCCUUCUCCACCUGCGCCUCCCACCUGAUCGUGGUCAGCCUCUACUUUGGCACCAUCCUCUUCACCUACCUCCGUCCCAACUCCACCUACUCGCAGGAGCAGGACCGGGCACUGCCUGUGCUCUAUGGCAUCAUCAUCCCCAUGCUCAACCCCAUCAUCUACAGCCUGAGGAACAAAGAUGUGAAAGGGGCGCUCCAAAAAGCCCUGGCUAGGAGCUAGGCAGGUAUUGUCUUCUAAUGGACAGUGCACAGAUUUGGGAGUCUGGACUCCUGGGUUCCAUCCCCAGCUGUGGGAGAGGAGUGGCAUCGAGUGGGUAGCAUUUGCAAUGGGUACUGGGAAUCAGGAAUUCUGGGUUCCAUGCCCAGUUGAGGGAUGGACUCUGGGUGUGCGUACACUAGGGAUUGUGAUUGUAUCUGGCAAAGUUGAAAGUUUUUUCUUUUGUCUGAACAUUUUUCAGUUUUCGGCAGUAUUAGGUGUAACACUUUUGGAUUUGGGAGAAAAUAGUUUGGUUUAUCUUUUCUGAAAACCUCCAAAAAUAAAAAUAAGUCGAUUUUCAAUGUUUUGACAAAAAGUCAACAGUUUCUGAGGAGUUGUUUUCCCAUUGGGAGGAGGAACGGAUAACUCACAUUAAUGACAUACACUCCUUCUUGUUCCUGUGUCAGCUGCUGUAAUUUAUACGUGGGGAAACCUCAAUCCAAGAUAUUCGCAAAGGAGUUUAUGGAUGUCAUCUCAUGUUGUACAACUACUUUGCUAACCUCAGACCUGGUUGAAAAUGCCAUUUGUUUCCAUAGAAAAUAAAGAAAAUAGAAUGAAAAAGAGGUUUGUUCCGUAAAAAACAAUACGCCACACAAAUCUUUUAUUUGUUAGGUUGGUUGCUUAAUUGUUUUUUUCAACAACAACAAAAACCCUUGUCCCACAUAAAUUGUUUUUCAAAAACAGUUUUUUGUAGAGAUCUUGUUUUUGGUAAAACAUCCAGUUUGGGUAAAAAUGUUCAGCCUCAAAAACCGGUUUGGGUAAAAUGUUUCUGGUUUUGGUAAAAAUGUCCAGUAAAAUGAUAAAAUGAUUGGUUUUAAAAACCUUUCAUUGUAAAAAAAAAAAAAGUCAGCUUUAGAAAACAGAAUUGUUUAAAUAGGCAUUUUUUCCAAAAAUUGAAAAAUGUUCAGUUUCUGUGUUUUCAAUGGAAAACUGGAAAUUAUCAGCAAAAAUAACAUUUUCCUGUAAACAUUCCUAAGUUGGUUAAAAACUCUUGCUCCUUGGAAAAAUGGUUGGGUGAAAUAUUUUUUAACAUCUCUAUGGCUGAGAGUCCAGAGAGGACU